GUUCCAGCCCCACGGAUUCAGCCCGGAACGGACGAAGCUGCUGCAGCCGGACACGGAGCCGCGUCUCCGGUCAGAGGAGCCGCAGAGCGCCGCUUGGAUGGACUGACAGCUGCCGCUCGGACCGAAAGGAACCUGCGACUCCAGACCGACUCCCCGGCACAAUGAAUCCGUCAGCGCACAGCUCCCAUUCCUCCGUCGACAUCCUGGAGGAGCUCCAGCUGAUCGCUGCACAGAACCUGGAAAAGCUGGACAUCAACAAAUACUACGAGGUCGUCCGGGAGCUGGGCAAGGGCACCUACGGCAAGGUGGACCUGGUCAUCCACAAAAUCCGAGGCACAAAGAUGGCGCUGAAGUUUCUGAGGAAGAAGACCACCAAGCUGAAGAGCUUCCUGAGAGAGUACAGCGUGUCCCUCUACCUGUCGCCCUGCCCCUUCAUCAUCAACAUGUACGGCAUCGCCUUCGAGACGGACGACUUCUACAUCUUCGCCCAGGAGUACGCCACGGCGGGGGAUCUGUUCGACAUCAUCCCGCCACAGGUGGGACUCCCCGAGGCGGUGGCGAAGCGCUGCGUGCACCAGGUGGCCAUCGCCCUGGACUACCUGCACUGCAAGAAGCUGGUCCACAGGGACAUCAAGCCCGAGAACGUCCUCAUCUUCGACACGGAGUGCCGGAAGGUCAAGCUGUCGGACUUCGGCAUGACGCGGCGCGCCGGCUCCCCGGUGAAGCGGGUCAGCGGGACCAUCCCGUACACGGCGCCGGAGCUGUGCGACACCUCGCGCCACGAGGGCUUCUGCGUGGACUACAGCACGGACGUGUGGGCGUUCGGCGUGCUGCUCUUCUGCAUGCUGACGGGAAACUUCCCCUGGGAGAAGGCCAUGCCCAACGACGCCUUCUACGAGGAGUUCGUCCGCUGGCAGCGGCGCCGGACGGGCUCGGUGCCGACGCAGUGGCGCCGCUUCACGGACGAGGCUCUGCGCAUGUUCCGCCGGCUGCUGUCCAUCGAGCAGCAGCGCCGCUGCUCCGUCAAAGAAGUCUUCAGCUACUUCAACCAGUGCUGGAUGCUGGACACGGAGAACGGGAACGGCGCCGCCACGCCCCCCGUGGACAUCAGCUCCUCCUCGUCUGACGAGGACGUGUUGGUGGACCGGCUGAAGCAGCAGAGCCUGUCGCCCGCCUGCGUGGCGGCGAAGGGCGGCUUCAUGAUGGACGCCCACUUCUCCUCGUCCAACGGCUCACCGUCCUCCUCCGGCGGCUACGAGCGAGUCAACAGGGACAACAACGAGAGGGGACGCAUCCUGGUGACCACGCCCAUCGAGAUCUGCGUGUAGAGACGCACGCUGCUGCUAGCCGCUCAGGCGGGCGCCGGCGUGGACGAUUUCUCCGACGCCAGGAGGCGAAGAUGGAAGCGCGGCGAAGGGGUUGAGCGUCAGGAGGCGACCGGCGGCCUGUUGUAGCUUCACCGCGGACGCCGUCAUUUCCAAUGAAGGCCAGAUCUGAGGGAAAUGAGCCGCGUGACAAUCAAAGUGUAGCCUCUGUCUGUGGUGCGUAGUUCAGUCGCUGCAGGACUGCGUUAUAAACAGGAGAGACAAACGAGCAGAAACUCCAGAAGUAAGACGUUUGGGACGGAAGUGAUCGGCUUCGUGCAUAAAAGCAACCGUGACUGUUAAUCGUUGUGAAGCGUUUACAUGUUUCUGUGAAGUGAAGUUUUAAUUUAUGUCAGAUUAAUAUAUUUCUGAGUUGUUUUUGUCAGCUGGCGGCACCGAUCUGACGUCUGCUCGUGAAGAAAAAGGUAAAAAAAAAAAAAAAAAA